AUGGGAGCCAAACUCUCGUUGUUAGCACCUUCCGCACCAACGAUUGCGAUAUCGUCAUAUAUCGAUAUUUUGAACUCCAUACAGUAUAUAGAAGUCGUAAACAAUUCAAGAUUCCUCAAGACGAUAAAGGCUAUUGACCAAAAAAGUGGAUGUCUUAUUGUAAUCAAGAUUCUAAUUAAGCCAUCAAACGCUAGUUAUACUUUAAAUCUACAGGAUGUCACCGAACUUAUAGUGAAGGAAUCGUCUUUGUUGGCGGCAGCGUCCACAGAUUCGAAGAAGUUGAGUAACGUUCUUCCAUGGUCAAACAUAAUUGAAACAGAUCGAGCUGGUUACUUGAUUAGACAACAUUGUAAAACUAACUUGUACGAUCGCUUAUCUAUUAGACCAUUUUUACAGCCUAUAGAGAAGUUGUUUCUCAUGUAUCAAAUGCUAAAAACUAUCGACGAAUUGCACCAGCUUAAGAUACAUCAUGGAGAUUUGAGGUUGGAGAAUUUCCUAGUUACGUCGUGGAACUGGCUCAUGCUUACGGAUUUUGCAUCUUAUAUCAAGCCCACAUACAUACCUGAGGACAACCCGAAUCAGUUCUCCUUUUUCUUUGAUAGCUCAGAUCGUAGAGUGUGCUACUUGGCCCCGGAAAGAUUCUACAACUCUUCCACCACCAAAGCUUCUAAACUUAUAAAUAAUUACGAUGAGGAAGGAAAAUUCGUUGGAAAGGAUACCGUUACCAACGCAAUGGAUUACUUCAGUUUGGGGUGUGUAAUUGCAGAGCUUUUCUUGGAAGGUGACGCCAUUUUCACUUUGUCUUCGUUGUUUAAGUAUAUCAAGGGAGAGUAUAUUCCUGAUUUAUCUAGGAUACAACCACCUGGCGUAAGAGAAAUAAUAACAAAGUUGAUAAGUAUAGAUCCAAAGGACAGACCUUCGAGCUGCCAUUCAAUUCUUGAAGAUUACAAAGGCACCUUAUUCCCUGACUUCUUUGAUGGAUUCUUGUAUGAUUUCAUGGCAGAAAUAAACAGUAAUGAAUUGUUUAUUGUGCCGACGGGAAACGAUAACAUAAGCCCAAGCGAUUUAAAGAUCGAUUUCAUCUAUGCAAAUUUUGACAAAAUAUCUAAGAAUCUCAACUAUCAAUACAAAGAAGACGUGGGAGUUGAUGGCAACGAUGAAGAGAUAUUACCAUUGAGACUAAGCCUACCGGGAAUGCCUCCCCAUUAUAAAAUAAAGUCUACCGAAGAGUUAGGCAACACUCAAGGUGAUGAAUCUUCCUUGAUAAUUAUUAACGUGGUGUAUUCACUUAUCAAAUCUUUGAAACGCCCGUCAUCGAAAUUGAAAGCAUGUGAGCUUAUUCUCGCUCUUUCUGAGAGAAUUAAUGAUGAAUGCAAAUUGGACCGAUCACUUCCAUACUUAUGUUUUCUUUUAGACGAAUACCUCGAAACAUCAUCUACUAACAAUUUCGCAUCUAUUUCAGUAGAGAGCACUGAAAAUUCUGGAGUAGUAUACUCUGAAGGUGCCUCGUCCAAUAUUGCUGCAUUUGCACUCAAGUCCAUUUCAACUCUCCUACUUUCAUGUUCGUCAAUUACUCCAUUGAAUGCUCUUAUCUUCCCGCAGUAUCUUAUUCCGAAGUUGACAGCCCUAUUGAAAUCUCCUCAUAUGCACAAAGAAGAAAAAAUAUUUAUCAAGAUAGCGAUCGCCCACUGUUUACCUUGCCUUGCAAACUGUGCUAAAAAGUUUUGGCUCUUAUCUAAGGAUUUCAAAAACAAUUCAAUGAGUCCCACUGCAUUGGAGAAUCCUUCACAAGACGAUGAGUACAACACGUUUAAUAUGUCAAGAGAUCGAUUAGAUUCUGAUUUUGAAAUUUUGACUCUGACAAUAUUAAGUGAUUCUAAUUCGUUAGUCAAGUUAAAUCUAAUCCUGAAUAUACUUCCACUUUGUCAAUUUUUUGGCAUUGAGAAAACAAACAACUUAAUCCUACCACACAUUUUGACGUUUUUGAAUGAUUCAGAUACAAAACUAAGAUUGGCUUUUUUAGAUUGUUUGCUAACCUUGGGACCCAUUAUUGGUGUACUCUCUUUUGAACAAUACUUACUCCCUCUCUUAAUUCAAACCCUUUGUGACCUGGAGCUUUUCGUCAUUUUAAAAGUAUUGGAGAUCUUCAAUAAAGUCAUUAAAGAUAAAUUGAUCAAUCCAAAAUCGGAAUUUAAUGCCCUUAGUGUUUAUAACGAAAUCUUAACUAAUUGUUUGCACUUGGUUUUGCACCCAAAUGAAUGGGUUAGACAGUCUGUCUUAAAUAUCAUAUUAUCUGUUAGCGAUAACUUAUCAAAUGCUGAUAGAUAUUGCUUUUUGUUUCCUUUGAUUAAGACUUACUUAUCGUAUGACAUUGCUAGAUUUGACUGGAAUGUAUUAUACCCAUGUUUGACGCGGCCAGUAACGAAGCCUGUCUUUGAUUUAGCUGUUACAUGGUCAUUGAAUGCUACAAAUAAGUCAUUGUUCUGGCUGCUAUCUGCUAGCAAAGAAAUAAACUUGGCACACAAUCUCAAAAAUGCUAAUAGUAGCUACUUGCAUGCUACCAGUUUAGGUAUGUCAGUCUAUGCUCCUCUGGCGGACGUUGUUUUCAAAAAUUCAAAUGGUAAAAACUCAACUGUUCCAUUAUCUCCCGAAGACAAACAGUGGCUAUUCAAAUUAAAAUCGGUUGGUUUGGAACACAAGGAUCUUUGGAAGAUAUUUAUGUUGAGAAAUUUCAUUUAUACAUACAGCAAGAAGAGAUCAGUAGCAUCUAACUUGGCUCAAGGAAGCAAAUUCGAAUUAAUUAACCAUGCGGAUCUUAUCCCAAGAAAUAUUUUCUUUGAAUUGUGUUACAAAUCUGAGCCGAUUGCAAAAACAAGUACUUCUGAAACAAAGUACUAUCCAACUAGUGGAAAAGAUGAAAGUGAUAUUUCAAAUAAUGGCAAUGAUCAUAUAUUGGCUAACAGUGGAGAAGUUGUUGGCCGCCGUGAAUCUAAUAGUUUAGUCUUACCAAAUUUUGGUCGAGUGAAGGCUUCAGUUCAAACUGUUCAGGCAAAUGUAUUCGGAGAAUUGGAAUCAAGUAGUCACGAGGCUACUGGACUCGGUAAUCACCUGCACCAUCACCAUGUUCACUCUACAAAAGAUGUCAAUUCAACGCAUAAAGUAUUCAGCGUAAACAACCAUAAUGUCAUAACUGCUAAUAUGAGACACAGUUAUACUGGCAAUAAUCCAUUUAUGUUGAAUUAUUUGAAUUCAAUUGAGUUUAAACCAUCAUUCAAGAGUUUUUCAGAGUUUGGUCCAAUUAUUCGAAAAAAGAGAGGAUCUGUUUCAAAAAGGACAUCGGAGGGUGGAGAUCCUUUCGAAGAGCACACCAAUAUAUUGAAAGGAACAUGUAUCUCACAAAUCAAUACCAAUACCACCAUUGAUAUUGACAGCAUUAAUGCCUUAGCCAUUUGUGAUAGUUCUGAAUUUUUUGUUACCGGAUCAGAUUCAGGUUUAUUAAGAAUCUGGGACAUUACUAAACUUGAAAGGAAUACGAUGGCCAAAAGUGCCAACUUGAUACUUAAUUUAGAUUCAUCGAUUACUUGCAUCAAAUUUAUCCCUAAGAGGUACGCUUUUGCAGUAAGUACAGAAGACGGGUUCGUCAGAAUAUAUAAAGUUGAAGUGUCAAGAGGUAACUCAAAGAACCAAUCUCAAAGCAACAAAAUUUUGAAAUAUACAAAAUGUGUCCUAAUCAGAGAAUUUCAGUUGAAUGUAUCAGAAUCAGGUUAUUGUUUGUCAUUAGACUAUAUGAUAAAUGAUAAUAAUGCUGUACUAAUUGGAGUUACAUCGCUGUCAAAGAUAGUUGGAUUUGAUAUUUUGAAAAUGGAGAAGGUUUUGGACUUGCAGAACUCAUUAUUUUUAGGAAUUCCAUCCACAUUUAUAGUGGACCUGACUUAUUGCUGGCUUCUUUUAGGUACAAACAAGGGCAAUCUUUGUCUUUGGGAUUUAAGAUUUGAGAUGUUAUUAAGGUCUUGGAGCGUGAAUACCGGAAGGGACGACAUUGAAGGCGGCGAAGGUAUUUCUAAGGUGCUGAGCCCAAUUAAAAAACUUGUAGGAAUAGUUGGAAAUAAUAUUAAAAAGCAACAUUCUCAUCUUCAAAAGGAUCUGAAAUCUGAUAAUAAUGCUACCUUCACAGCUUUUGCCAUGAUUGGCGGGACUGGAAACUCGGACGUGUCCGUGUGGGAUAUUCCCUCAUUUACUUGCAGGCAAGUUUUUAGUUCUCAGACUCCGAACCCUAGAGUGAAGCUUUACAAUUUAGAGCAAACCGAUGUUAGCAUAGACACAGAAAUCAGCAAACUAGUCCUAGACGUUGACUUGGACUUUGACUUGAACGUGCGGCAUGUAGACCCAAGCAUGACAUACCUUGGGGCUGUUCAUAUGGGUACCAGUGAGGAAGAACUUUUGGUUACUGCCACGGCUGACAAGAGAAUUAUAGUAUGGGAUAUUCAGGACCCGGAGAAGUCAAUGUCGCUCAACCUGGAGGAUGAAAGUGUACAUUUUACAAAUAACAUAGUUAAUCUGUCAUUGAGCUUAAUUAACGAGAGGUUCUUCAAACGAGACGCACUCUCGCUGGCUACAAACACUACUACACCAGAGGUCAUCCCUAGACACCAAGAUGUCAUUACUGGUAUUGAGUUAUGUCAGGCUCCAACCAGAUUGUUGAUCCUGACAGAUAGAAAUGGCUUCAUUCAUUUGUACCAGUAG